AUCGAAGCCAUUGACAACUCGAUCUGCUCUUUCAGCCUCCUCAAUUACCAUCAAAUACUCCGUCACCAAAAAAAAUACCACAACAAUGCAACGACUCACCAUUCUCCGUUCCCCAAAAUUCUGCCCCAAACGAGUCAAUGUGGCAUGCACCAUUCAAAGUCGGUACUCGUCAGGAAGCCCGACCAAAACCAACGUUCCGGCCGACCACUUCAUCAAAACAGGCGAGAAGCCACAAGACCCUGCAGACAAAGUAGGACGCAGCGAUGAGUACAGCCAGAGCGGCGGCGACGACAUGGUCGCGCAGCAGAGUGGUGCUUCAUUCGACGGCACUACGGAUAAUGACAUUGAAGUCCAGAAGGAGAGGGCAGGGAAGGGCAAUGUGGUAAAUCCGCUGGAAUUCAGUCCUGCGACGAGCGAACUGAGCAGUAUCAUAAGCGAGGAGUAUACGAGUAAAAGUGAGGAGCGCAAACCCGGGGAUGUAUCGGGACAGUCAAGUGGGCGUAAGAUGAAGACAGUGAAGAAGACAGAGAUUGACUUCAAGUGAGAUGGAGAGGGUGGAAGGUGGGUGGAAGUUGGAGGCUGGGGAUGAUGAUGAGGUGGUGGAG